UGACCUAUUACCAUGUGAGGCGCAAAUAAUAUUGGCUAAAGAGUUAGCACAUAUCUGCUGCCCCCUCUGUCCCCGAGCCCCUUAGCGUCUCUCUCACCCUGUAUCUACUCUCCGUCAAUCCCAUUCCCCAUAGACUCCCUUCUGCUAUGCAAAGAGACCAGCCACGCUGAAACUUCCACCUAUUUUCUAAGCCCCACCACGCCAAUGAUUUAGCAAAAAAAUAAUGUUCAACCUUGUUGGAUUAUAUGGCGGACGCGCACGGGCAACAACAAUUUGACAAGUGGUGUUUAAAAAGGAUUUAAAAGAAAGACGACAACAACAACAACAACAACAACAAGAUCAAAGAGAAACCUGGCUACACUUCCCUGAUCUGUGGAGUUUCAGCUGAAGUCACCUUCAUUUCACCAUGGCUGAGGAUGAACCACAAGGUGCAGAAGUGGAGUCUAUACACCAACCCUCUGCCCAGGGCAAUGGCUUCCUGAGAAACCUCAGCAGGCCAGUCCAGUUGGUCAUCAUCAUUGCCCUGGUCCUGUCCUGGUCUGCUGCUGGCCUGUAUCUGUUUGACUUUGUUGAUGACAACCAAAUAGCCGCUUUUCAAGAAGUAAGCACGAAUCCCCUGGCGGCAGCCAACAUGGCUGCAGAGGGGAUCAGUUACGGUACAGGCAAGCUGGCAGCCCAGGUGUCUGACGCUGUGUACAACGCUCCAGAGAAUAUACGAAACUUGGAAUUCCUAAAGUCUGGUGGUCUACUGAUGGAGGGCCUACGAGAGGGCAUGAAGGGGGCUGUGGUCACCGUUUUUGACAUCUUUGAAGAUACAAUACAUGCAGUGACAUACUAUUCAGACAAGAUAUUAACUGAAACAGCGCAUGCAAUCAAAUACGUGACAAGCAUGGCACCUAAAGAGAGCCCUCUCAGCCUGGCUACUCUGCAGUCCGGUGGUGCAGUAAUGGAGACCAUACGAGAUGGAAUGAAGACCGCUGUUGUCUUCUUCUUUGACAUCUUCGAAGGAACACUCAAUGCUGUGACCUACUAUCCUGAGAAGAUUUUGAGUGGAGCAGUCCAUGGGAUCAAAUAUGUAGGGAGUGUGGCUUAUGUGCCAAGCAUCCUUGCCGCCCCUAAAGAAUGGGUAUCAUAUCCAAUGGAUGUCAUCACAUACGCAACUGAAGGAAUCACAAACUUGAACAAAAAUGUCUUUGGCUCCGUGUCAAAUAUGUUCAAGGGCAGUGAGGACGGUGAAGAAGUAAGCUUUGAUCCCAUGAAAGUUGUGAGUGAUGCAGUCGAGGAGAUCACCGAUAGGAGGAACACCUUUUUGUCAUAUCUGUCCAACGUACUGAUGCAGGACGAAGAUGAGACACCACCAAUGACAAGGAGGAAAGGGGAAUUUUUGCCUCCAAUGGAAAAAGUUGAGGAGGCCUCUAUCCCGGACCAAGCUGACGAUGAUGAAAACAACAAUAACAACGAAGUCAGGAGGGGCAGAAGUGCGCACCUGAGACGCUACAGACUUCACUAUGACACUGAGGAGACAAGCCAAGGCUUUAAAAAAGUUCUUGAACAAGAAAAGCUAUCCAAGCAACAGAAGACAAGAGAAGAAGUAUACAAAGUCAUUCAAGAGCUGAGAGCCUCCAAGGCAGAAAAACAGGCAGUGAUGUUAAAACUUGAAGCCAGGCAGGAGGAGAAGAAGGGCAAAGAAGAGGAGACUGUAAAGGAGGUAGCAGAUGAACCAGAACAGGCUGAAGUGACUGAAGACAAAGAUGAUGGAGUGACUCCUGUUACCAGCAAACGCUGGAAAAAAGUGGAGUCUUUACAAGAGCUGAAGCCUGAAGAGGGGACUGUCACUGCUGAGAAAGAGGCUGUAAAGGAGGCAGCAGCUGAACCAGAAAAGGCCGAAGUGACUGAAGACAAAGAUGAUGGAGUGACUCCAGUUACCAGCAAACGCUGGAAGAAAGUGGAGUAUUUAAAAUAUCUGAAGCCCGAAGAGGAGACUGUCACUGCUAAGAAAGAGGCCGAAAAGGAGGCAGAAGCCGAACCAGAACAGGCUGAAGUGACUGAAGACAAAGAUGAUGGAGUGACUCCUGUGGAGUCUUUACAAGAGCUGAAGCCUGAAGAGGAGACUGUCCCUGCUGAGAAAGAAGCUGUAAAGGAGGUAGCAGCCGAACCAGAACAGGCCGAAGUGACUGAAGACAAAGAUGAUGGAGUGACUCCUGUUACCAGUAAACGCUGGAAAAAAGUGGAGUCUUUACAAGAGCUGAAGCCUGAAGAGGAGACUGAGAAAGAGGCUGUAAAGGAGGCAGCAGCUGAACCAGAACAGGCUGAAGUGACUGAAGACAAAGAUGAUGGAGUGACUCCUGUUACCAGCAAACGCUGGAAAAAAGUGGAGUCUUUACAAGAGCUGAAGCCUGAAGAGGAGACUGUCACUGCUAAGAAAGAGGCCGAAAAGGAGGCAGAAGCCGAACCAGAACAGGCUGAAGUGACUGAAGACAAAGAUGAUGGAGUGACUCCUGUGGAGUCUUUACAAGAGCUGAAGCCUGAAGAGGAGACUGUCCCUGCUGAGAAAGAAGCUGUAAAGGAGGUAGCAGCCGAACCAGAACAGGCCGAAGUGACUGAAGACAAAGAUGAUGGAGUGACUCCUGUUACCAGUAAACGCUGGAAAAAAGUGGAGUCUUUACAAGAGCUGAAGCCUGAAGAGGAGACUGAGAAAGAGGCUGAAAAGGAGGUAGCAGCCGAACCAGAACAGGCUGAAGUGACUGAAGACAAAGAUGAUGGAGUGACUCCUGUUACCAGCAAACGCUGGAAAAAAGUGGAGUCUUUACAAGAGCUGAAGCCUGAAGAGGAGACUGAGAAAGAGGCUGUAAAGGAGGUAGCAGCUGAACUAGAACAGGCUGAAGUGACUGGAGACAAAGAUGAUGGAGUGACUCCUGUUACCAGCAAAUGCUGGAAAAAAGUGGAGUUUUUACAAGAGCUGAAGCCUGAAGAGUCUGCACCUCCACCUGUACCUGUGAAGGAAAAAGAUGAACCAAAACCUGCACCCAUAAAGGUGCAAGCUAAGCCAAAAUCUGAUAAAGAGAAACCUAAAGAAGAGCCCCUUAUGGAAAAGGCCAAGUCAGAACCUGAAAAGGUCAAAGCCAAGCCGGAAUCCAUAAAGGAGAAAGUCAAACCAGAACCUAUUCACCAUAAGGAAGAAGCUAAGGUAGAACCCAAGAAAGAGAAACCUAGGCCAGAAUCUCCAAAGGCCAAGGCUAAACUUGAGCCCACAGCAGAGAAGGCAAAGCCAGAACCGAAAAAGGAGAAAGCUAAGCCUGAACCUGUAAAGGAGAAAGCUGAGCCUAAGCCCAAAAAGGAAAAGCCUACGCCUGAACCUGAAAAGGAAAAGGCUAAGAAAAAAGCUGUAAAAGAAACGGCAAAACCAGAACCCACAAAGGAGGUUAAGCCAGAAGUAAUAAAGGAGAGUGUGACAACAUCGGAAGAAAAGGCUAAGAAAGAAGCCGUGAAGGAGAAAACUGAGCCUGAACCAGCAAAGGAGAAAGCUAAAAUAGAACCCAAAGCAGUAAAAGAGAAGACUAAGCCCGAACCAGCAAAAGGAAAGGAUGAGCCAGAGCCUGUGAAGGAGAAGGCUAAGCCCAAAUCCCCCACUGUAAAGGAGAAGCCAACACCAAAAACCAUAAAGGAGAAGGCUACACCAAAGCCUGCCCCUGAGAAAGAGGAAGUAAAGAAAGAACCUGCAAAGGAAAAGGCUGAGCUUGAACCUGCAAAAGAAAAAGUGAAGCCAGAACCUUCUAAGGAGAAGGUUAAGCCAGAACUUGUAAAGGAGAAAGCUAAACCAGAACCUGCAAAGGAGAUGAUUAAACCUGUAGAGGAAAAAGACAAGCCAGAACCAACGAAGGAGAAAGAAAAGCCAGAGACUAAAGCUUUAAAGGAGAAACUAACACCAGAGCCUGUAAAGAAGGAAAAAGUUCAAAAAGAACCUGCUAAAGAGAAGAGUAAGCCAGAGACUGUAAAGGAGAAAUCUAAGCCUGAAGCUGACAAGGAGAAGGCCAAGCUUGAACCUUCGAAGGAAAAGGUGAAGGCAGAACCUUUGAAGGAGAAGGUUAAGCCCAAACCUGUCAAGGAAAAGGCUAAACCAGCACCUCCUAAAGAACAAGCUAAACCAGAACCUGCACCUGUAAAGGAGAAGCCUACACCUGAAGCUGCCCCUGUAAAGGAGAAGGUUAAGCCAGAACCUGUGAAGAAGGAAAUUAAGGCUGUACCUUUGAAAGAGAAAGCCAAGGCAGAGCUCAUUAAGGAAAUAGUUAAGCCAGAACCAACUAAAGAAAAAGUUAAGCCUGAACAUCCUAAGGAAAAAGCUAAGGAGGAGAUUAAGGAAGUAUCCAUGAAAGACACACCUAAGCCUGAACCAACAAAAAUAAAGACUAAGCCAGAACCUGUGAAGGAGAAGGCUAAGCCUGAACCAGCAAAGCAAAAAGCUAAACCAGCUCCUGUGAAGGAGAAAGUUAAGCCAGAACCUGUGAAGGAGAAAGUUAAGCCAGAACCUGUGAAGGAGAAGGCUAAGGCCGAACCAGCAAAGGAAAAGGCUGAACUAGAAACUGUAAAGGAGAAGGCUAAACCAGAACCUCUGAAGGAGAAAGUUAAGCCAGAACCUGUGAAGGAGAAAGCUAAACCUGAAACUGUGAAGGACAAGGCAAAACUUGAACCUGUAAAGGAAAAGGCUAAACCAGAACCUGUGAAGGAGAAAACUAAACCUGAACCUGUAAAGGACAAGGCAAAACUUGAACCUGUAAAGGAGAAGGCUAAAGCAGAACCUGUGAAGGAGAAAGUUAAGCCAGAACCUGUGAAGGAGAAGGCUAAACCUGAACCUGUGAAGGACAAGGCUAAACUUGAACCUGUGAAGGAGAAGGCUAAAGCAGAACCCACACCUGUAAAGGUGAAGGCAAAGCCAGAACCUGUGAAGGAGAAGGUUCAACCAGAACCUGUGAAGGAGAAGGCUAAACCACAAACUGUGAAGGCUAAACCUGAACCAGAAAAGGAAAAGGCUAAGAUGGAACCUGUGAAGGAGAAAUCUAAGCCACAACAUGUGAAGGAAAAGGCUACACCAGAAGAUGUGAAGGAUACAGCUAAAUCAGAACCUGUGAAGGAAAAGGCUAAACCAGAACCUGUGAAGGAUAAGGCUAAACCAGAACGUGUGAUGGAAAAGGCUAAACCAGAACCUGUGAAGGAUAAGGCUAAACCAGAACCCACACCUGUAAAAGAGAAGGCUACGCCCAGAGCUGUGAAGGAAAAGGCUAAACCAGAACCUGUGAAGGAAAAGACUAAACCAGAACCUACACCCACAAAGGAGAAGACUAAGCCUGAACCUGUCAAGCAAAAGGCUAAGUCAGAACUUGUGAAGGAGAAAUCUAAGGCAGAACCUGUAAAAGCUAAGCCAGAACCUGUGAAGGAAAAGGCUAAACCAGAACCCAAACCUGCAAAAGAGAAAGCUAAGCUUGAACCUGUGAAGGAGAAAGCCAAACCAGAACCUGUAAAAGCUAAGCCUGAACCUGUCAAGGAGAAAGCUAAACCUGAACCUGUGAAGGACAAGGCAAAACUUGAAGCCGUAAAGGAGAAGGCUAAACCAGAACCUGUGAAGGAGAAAGCUAAACCAGCCAAAAAAGUGAAAGAGCCUGAGGAACCAACGGAAAAGGCCAAAGCAGUUCCUGCUGUAAAAGCACCUGAUGUUCCAAAAGAAAAAGCCAAACCUGAAAAGAAAGAGCCCAAGGUCCCAGAGAAGGAAACCAAACCAGCAAAGAAAAAACGUGAGGCACCGAAGGAGAAGGCCAAGCCAACGCCAGCAGUAAAAGAACCCAAGGUUCCAGAGGUCAAGGCCAAACCAGGCAAGAAAGAAGCUGAGGUUCCUAAAGAGAAAGCUAAGCCAACAGCGCCUGUGAAAGAACCAAAGGGAAAACCACAAAUGCUGCCAAAAAUAGUUCUUCCAGUACCAAAAGCUAGACCAGCACCUGCAACAAUAGAAUCUCUGAAAAACAUCACAAAAACAAUUCCAGUAAAGAAAGAACCUGAACCUCCAAAAGAGAAGGCCAAACCAGCUACAAAAGAGCCUGAACCUCCGGAGGAGAAGGACAAACCAGCUAAGAAAGCAGAACCUGAGGUUCCAAAGGAGAAAACCAAACCAGUCACUAAAGCAGAACCUGAGGUUCCAAAGGAGAAAGCCAAACCAGUCAUUAAAGAACCUGAGGUUCCAAAGGAGAAAGCCAAACUAGUCAUUAAAGAGCCUGAACCUCCAAAAGAGAAGGCCAAACAAGCUAAAGAGUCUGAACCUCCAAAGGAGAAAGCCAAACCAGCUAAGAAAGAACCUGAGGUUCCAAAGGAGAAAGCCAAGCCAUUAAAAGAACCUGAACCUCCAAAGGAGAAGGCCAAACCAGCCCAGAAAGAACCGGAGGUUUCAAAGGAGAAAGCCAAACCAGCCAAGAAAGAACCUGAGGUUCCAAAGGAGAAAACCAAACCAGUCACUAAAGCAGAACCUGAGGUUCCAAAGGAGAAAGCCAAACCAGUCAUUAAAGAACCUGAGGUUCCAAAGGAGAAAGCCAAACCAGUCAUUAAAGAACCUGAGGUUCCAAAGGAGAAAGCCAAACCAGUCAUUAAAGAGCCUGAACCUCCAAAAGAGAAGGCCAAACAAGCUAAAGAGUCUGAACCUCCAAAGGAGAAAGCCAAACCAGCUAAGAAAGAACCUGAGGUUCCAAAGGAGAAAGCCAAGCCAUUAAAAGAACCUGAACCUCCAAAGGAGAAGGCCAAACCAGCCCAGAAAGAACCGGAGGUUUCAAAGGAGAAAGCCAAACCAGCCAAGAAAGAACCUGAGGUUCCAAAGGAGAAAGCCAAACCAGUCGUAAAAGAACCUGAGGUUCCAAAGGAGAAACCAAAGCCAUUAAAAGAGCCAGAACCUCCCAAGGAGAAGGCCAAACCAGCCCAGAAAGAGCCUGAACCUCCAAAGGAGAAGGCCAAACCAGCUAAGAAAGAACCUGAACCUCCAAAGGAGAAAGCCAAACCAGCCAAGAAAGCAGAACCUGAAGUUCCUGAGGAGAAAGCUAAACCAGUCGUAAAAGAACCUGAGGUUCCAAAGAAGGAAACUAAGCCCUUAAAAGAGCCUCAACCUUCCAAGGAGAAGGCCAAACCAGCUCCGAAAGAGUCUGAACCUCCAAAGGAGAAGGCCAAACCAGCCAAGAAAGAACCUGAGGUUCCAAAGGAGAAAGUCAAACUAGUCAUAAAAGAACCUGAGGUUCCAAAGGUGAAAGCCAAGCCAGCUUUAAAAGAGCCUGAACCUCCAAAGGAGAAGGCCAAACCAGCCAAGAAAGAACCCGAGAUUCCAAAGGAGAAAGCCAAACCUGCACCAGGAAAGAAAGAAGCUGAAGUUCCAAAAGUGAGAGCUAAGCCAGAUCCACCAGCGAAAGAACCUGAGUUGCCAAAGGAGAAGGCUAAACCUGCUAAGAAAGACCAAGAAGUUCCAAAGGCGAUAGUCAAGCCUGCCCCAGCAGUAAAAGAACCAGCACCACCCAAGGAGAAGGCCAAACCAGCUAGGAAAGAAGCUGAGGUUUCAAAGGAGAAAAUCCAACCGGCAAAGAAGGAACCCGAGGCUCCAAAGGAAAAAGCAAAACCUGAACCAAGCAAGAAAGAAUUUGAUUCUCUGAAAAAUAUUACAAAAGCAACACCACCAAAGAGAGAACGCAAAGUUAUUAUGGAGAAAGCUAAACCAGCCAAAAAAGAACCAGUGGUGCUGAAAGAAAAACCAAAACAUAUACCAGUGGUUAAAGAAGUGGAGAUUCCAAAGAAGGCUAAACCCACAAAGAAAGAGCCCGAGGCACCAGUAGAAGCUGUUGUACCAGCACUUACAAAGGAAGAACCAGCCACACUAGACGGCCUUGGAGUGGAGGAGGAGGACGACAUCCCUUACUUCCAGUGCUUCUUUGUGGACGAAGACGACACGCACUACCCGUUCUUCCCUUUCUCGCCACCGCAAUUGUGAGACUACCCCAUCCACGGAUGACCAUGGAGGUCUCGGGACUUGUGGAAGUAGCUUGGUGGAGCGUCAAGUCACAUGAUUACCUUUAUCGCUGGACUGGGCUGUGCGAUAGCAACCACUGGUACGACACGUCUAACACGACGGCUGGUGUCCUUCAGCAAAACUGCUAAUGACAAAUGGUGGUAACAGUUUUGUUUGUAUGCCUCAGUAUGCUUUUAACAGACCACGGAAGCAGGAGAGACCAUCUUUUUCCUUAGUGUUGUAAAGAUCUUAAACAUUAAUUGUUUUAGUAUAUUAGAAAAGCGUUUGUUUAGUUGUUACAGUAGAGGUCAGGAUGUCCUUAAUGUUUAAAUAAAAGCCUUAGCCAUGUCUUACUUGAAUCAUGACAUGUGUCUUGACAAUGGCUAAAUAGUUUCAACGUAAGUCUGCACAUGUAGCUAUAUUAGUUUUUGUGCUGUGCAACAUUUAGUCAUAAAAUGUUUAAGCAAUUUUGAAAACACUAACAAAAGUUGGAAACAUUGAAGUUGAGGGAUCUGAACGAGCAGCAAAAGAGCAAAGCUGCGUGAUCCAGGGGCCCCUUUCUGCGUCCACUGCUCAUUCCCGCUCAGACCAGGAGAGGGUGACGCUAUGACUGCGAAAGAGCUACCGUAGGUGUCUAUCGACCACCAUAUUAUUACUACCUGACCACCCCUUUGUGGGUGUAUAUAUAACAGUAUGUCUGUGUCUACACAGAUUAAGAAGUCUUAUGUCAACAUCUAACGAUAGGAUAACUGUCGACAUGCUCCUCAUUUUGAUAGGGUGCUGAUUCAAAGCAUUCCAUUAUAUUAGCUGUCAGAAUGAGGUUUUCUUUUUUUGAUAUUGUUUUUUUUUUUAAUUUCCUUUCUUUUGUCCUCACAGAGUUUCAAUCGACUUGAAGUUAUAUUUAACAAAUUCACACGUUUCUGAGGUCAUUGUUUUUUCUUUUUUGUAAACACAAGCAAUGUUUUUUUUUUUGAGUAUAGUAUCUUGAGCCUUUGAAAAUAAGGAGGCAGCAAAACAACUCAUUUCAUCACAUAAUAAUAUCAAGGCCAUAUUUCUGACCUUGUUGGUUAAGCUGCACAAACUUCCUGUUUCAUGAUUCAUAUUUUUUUUUUUUCAAAUUGCAACUGAUGCAACAAUUUAAGAAAUCUGAAAUUUAACAGAUAGGACUGAUAUAUUUCUUGUAAAAAAAACUCUAGGAAUGCGCAGCAUGUGGUAGAAACCAGGUCUGGGGGAGUAAAGUCUUUUUUUUCAAACCCACAGACCAAAUGUCAUCUAGAACUAAUAUACCGGUAAACAUUUUAAAACACAUUAAAACACAUUUUUAAGCACAUUAUAACACAUUUUUAAUUGUAAAGUUGCAUAUGUAAGAAAGAAAUAGAAAUACUUAAUUAUGAUAUCAAUAUUUUAUAUAUUAUACUUUUUAUUUUUAUAAUAUCUUAUAAGGAGUCCUGUUCAGAAUAUACUAUUUUGCCUUUUUCCAAGGACAUAUCUCAAAGCUAGAUUUGAUGAUUUUGCUAAUGUUGAGAUUUUAUUAGCCAACAAGAAAAUACUUUCAAUUCAAGUAAUGUUUGGUCUCAAUGGCCUAAUUAUGGAGAUAACCAAUGGGCCUAACAUUGAGAUAUAUAGCCUAUAUUCUUUUUUGCUUUUUUUGUUUGUUUGUUUUUGUUUUUCAAUGAGAACAAAAGUCAUAAUUAAUUUAAUCCAUCAAAUCUAAGAAGUAUUUAGUUAUUUUCAUUCUUUCUAUUUUACUCUAUUCUACAAAGCAAAUGAGGUGACAAUUAAAUGAGGUCACAUUGUGAGCACAAUAGCGCUUUAUAGAAUUAGAGCAUGAAAUGCGAACUCUGUUCACUCUUCCUGUGUCCCUGUGCCGCACCGUAGCGUAAACCAGUGGCUCCCAAACUUUCCAUGGCAGGUCACCCUUUGACAAUGACAAGAAAUAAUGAAUGAACUACUUUUCAGUUCCAGCCCCUAACCCAACUUGUUAGCUUCCAAACCGAUUUAUUUUUGGUCAAAAUGCUCAACAUCUAAUUAAAAAUAUAAUUCAACAUCUGGACCAUGAACCAGAAUGGAGCCGAUUCUCUGUUGUCGGAAGAGGCCUAUUUGGGAACCACUGAUUUAGACAAUACACUGUUACAGCAUACUGAUGAUGCAGUCAUUUGCUUUUGGUAGUUGCCCACCCAAUAACAACACAGUAUUGUGAGAUUUUAGAGGGCAUGUAGGCAUACAAGGUAUCAAAUAACAGGGACCAUACAGUGAAUGUAUUAGCCUACAUUGAGACAGCCACUUAUGAUAGUGCAAAUCACUGGUCAGGUCAAUUUGACUCUUUAUAUAUAUUUUUUAAAUCUUUUUUUCUUUUUAAAUUCAUUUCUGUUUUUGUAUUCAUUCUUAUAAGGACAUAAUCAUUAAAUGGUGUUUGCCAGGUCAUGACUGCUCAUGUCCAGAGCGAAUGUGUCAUCCUGACACAGCCCAUAUCGGACCUGUGCUGUGCGUCCACAAACAAAGGCAAAAACAAACAUGGCUGCUAGCAAAAUAUGACACGGUAAUGCUAACGGUUUGUGGUUUUCAACAGAUUCAGGAUAGCAUUUUGACGGCCGUGACAUGGUGGGCGUACAGGACAUACCAUCACAGUCUAUGUGUAUCUGAGUAUUCCCCUGGCGUGAAACUAGCUAACUUACAUGUCUUUGAUCACUUAAACAUACAGAGGACAUCAACAUGCAAAAUGCAUUUUGAACUCAUAAAUCAAUGCAAGUGAAACAAAGAGUGCUAGAGAGCUGGAUGUCCAUAUGGUGAAUAUCUGUGCAUAAGCGACACCAAACCGUUGAUGCCAUGACAAUGUCCUUGUUGUAGCCCUCAAUGUUAAUCUUUACAGAUUUUGUUUACACAACUGUAUGAGAAAACGUUCAGACGGAUAUGUUUACACAACUGUAUGAGAAAACGUUCAGACGGAUUUGUUUACAUCGCCUCAACAGAGUAUUUGCUCACAGUAGCCUACUGGAUGAAAUACCGAGAAAAAAUGGUCUGAUGUUAGACUAGGCUACACUAUCUUGUUGUUAUCAUACGGUUAGACUACACUAUCUUGUUUAUUGUUAUCAUACGGUUAAACUACACUUAGACUACACUAUCUUGUUUAUUGUUAUCAUACGGUUAGACUACACUAUCUUGUUUAUUGUUAUCAUACGGUUAGACUACACUAUCUUGUUUAUUGUUAUAACGGUCAUUUACACAUUUUGUGAAUAUCAAAUUAAUAGAGUGAAAACAUUAUGGUUGUGAUGUUACAAUAAUGUUUAGUGUUGUUGAUGUAUUAUUAAGACUAAGUGGGGACAGGCCAAGGCCAAGAUCACUCUGUCGAGACAUUAUGUCAUGCAGACACUUGAAGGAUGAGCAUGUUGAUAGCGCUAUACUGAAUGUUGUGCUAACUUUCUGACCAGUGGUCAACUGAAUGGUCUCGUACUAUGUCUGAAAUGUAUGAAAAAAGCAUAUCUUAUGUUGUCAUGGAAAGUCUGAUUAUACAUAGGAGCAUGUUUUUCAACAACCGUGCUUACUUAUUUUAUGGCUUUUGUGCCAGUUUAGACACACUACUGAUGUACGAUUUUAAAUGAUCAUGGCAGGCUACUUGGAGUAUUUGAACAAGUGGCCUAACCAACUGCAUGGUGUGAUAAUUUUGUGCUUUUAAACGUGCUAGCCAACUGAGUUAAAGUAUUACUAGAAUCAGGUGUGUUUAAACUGGAGUAAUGUGUAUAAUUACUGUUUGCAGCGAUUUACAGAGAAUAAUCCAGGGAUUAGUGUUCAGCAUUUUAAUGAUUCUGAUUCUUGUAUCCUUUUGUGUGAAAUAUUUGCCAUAUUAUAAUAAAAUAUAAUAUUACAAUAUUUAGAUCCACUGAGAUACUGUACCAUUGGUGCCCAUAGUUUUUCUUUGGGCAUUUAGCUUAGUCAAAAUGUUUUGGCAUUGUACUGUAUGUUGCAUACAAAUUCAGUAUACUCCGAUUGCAACCGUAUGUCUUAUAAGUACAUACAAUAUGUACAAUAAGGAUGAUUAUUGUAUGUACAAUAAGGAUGAUUAUUGUACAUCCCUCCUUCAGAUCUUCACAUUUCGGAAGAUCAUUUAGCAAGAUCUCCUUACACGUAAAGAUUGAUUUAUACUGGUGUGAUAGACAGUGCAUGUAGCCUGCAUGUUGCAAUAGCAAGUACAAGAUUUGUGGUAAGGCUUAUGGUCACUUCAAUAAUUGUCCUACAAGUGCCAUACUGUCUAAAUUCAAAUUCAAUCGGGUUUCAUCAGUUGUAAUUAUUGCACUUUAUAUGCCAGCUUGGACCUGCCUGUUUAUAUGCCAGCUUGGACCUGCCUGUUGCAAUGGGGCUAGUUGCCUCCCCACUUCAUGUAAACUCAUGUAUUUGACUCCCCCUUUGAAAAGCAAGAAUCAGAACUUCACAUCAUAUUUAAUACUGAGUAAUGUUGUUGAUUUAACUCAUUAGUAGAGUUAUGGCUAUUUAGAAAUCUGUCAGAUAUGUCUAAUAAAUGUCUCUGUAGUGAAAAU